CGAAAUAAUCGAUCAAUAUUGAUAUUGUGACUUCCUGGAAUCAAUCAGCAGACAAGACGCUCACCUCCUAUUUUCAUAUCUAUUAAUAACUCCAAUCGGACUCUGACUUACCAAAAGCUUCCACCCAUUCUUCCGACCUUACAACCCACUGAUUUAACCCGGUAAUAUCAACACAAAUAAUAUCCAAACAAAAUGGCAACCUCCUUCCAACCGAACGUCCACUACACCUUCGGCUCCCCCCUCUCCCCGACCUCUCUGUUUGGCCCGCGCCGGGCAUCCGACAUCCUGGAGCAGGAGAACUACACCAACACCGUCUUCCAGGCUGGAUCCUCGAGACGCGGAUCCCGGAGAAUCAGCGCAGGAGGAGCCUCCACUCUCGCGGAGGUGGUCAACUCCCUCUCCCGUCGGAACGGCGACGACACGAUCUCCUCGAUCGACGCCGACUAUGCCAGCCUGUUGGAAUGGAUACGAUAUGAGCGCAUGAGGAAGCUCCCCCCCGAGGGAAGCGGAUACGAUAAGGCCCUGGUUUGGGCUGCCUUGUUCGUCGAGCGGCUGCACUCGUUCGAUUCGGCUAUUGAGCAGUUCGCCGGGGACAGCCAUAUGGCGGCUCAGCUGGCCUAUGUGCAUUGUGGGAGUUUGCUUGAGCUCGGAGAACAAAACGCCCCGGCCCUGCAGGAUCUGUUCGGCUUCUUCUAUCGCUGCUCCAUGGGACUCGGGAAUUUGCUCGACCGGACAGAGCUGUUCACGGUCUCUCAGGAAAUCAAGGAUCAGCUCAUCCUCUCUUUGGCAGAUCUGGUCACCCUGGUCGUCAACGUCGCGACACAUUUCCACCGGUCGCUACUCACGUCCGAGUCUGUCUCGAUCGACAUCUGUAGCACUUUCCCCGGCCCGAUUGAAAGCUUCCGCGGUCGCUGCGAGCAUGUGUCCGAGCUGAUGUGGAGACACCAGUUGAUGCGCGAGGGACUCAAUGGCGACAAAGUGACCGAAAUCAAAACGAUCAAAGGCUGGCUCGAGCCCGAGGACCCCGUCCUCGCCAACAUCAGCGAGACCACCGCCCACUUCGCCCAGGAACGAGAAGAAUCGACCUGUCUUUGGGUGACUCCGUAUCUGACGCGGUUCCUGAAAAGUGAUCAGCAGAUCCUGUCCAUCACCGGAAAGCCCGGCUCUGGCAAGUCCAUCUUGUCGACCGUGAUCAACGAUCAUCUGCAGCAUCCCGUCGGAGGCGUGACCUAUAAAUCCAUCUUUGCUCCAAUCAACAGUCGGAUCCCCGCCAACACGACCCCCCGCGCGGUCGCAAAGACCAUCCUGUCGCAGCUGUUCGACAAGCGGAUCGGCAAUGUGAGGCUGUACCAGAUCCUGGCUGAUGCGUACUACCGCAGCCAGCGGAUCGUCGACGAAGAGUCGUACGAUGAUAUCCUGUGGUCUACCAUGGGAAGUGCACUGAAGGCCACUCUGCAAGGCGCCAAGGAGCUGGUUCUUGUGGUCGAUGGCGUGGACGAGGCCAGUUGCGGCGAGACGGUCCUGUUGAAGAGACUGCAUGAGGCUGCCCAGAAUGCCACCAAGGUGAAGCUCGUCGUGCUGAGCUCUCAGAAGCACAGCUCUAGCGUCUCGCAAACCAAUGUGAACAUCACAUCGGAGCUCAUCUUCGAUGACAUUGCCGCCACGUCGCGCAAGAUCCUGCAGCACAGCCACGCGUUCAAUGCCAUGUCCGAGGAUGACCAGGAGCUCAAUGUCACGCGUGUCGCCGAGGCAUCGGAUGGCUCGUUCCUCUGGGCCAAGCUGGCCGCACGCCGUGUGUGCGAUGAGCACCCGCCCAACGCGAACGCCCUCACCAGGUCCAUCGAGAGCAUCGUGAAGGCCGGAUACACCAUCACCGAUCAUGUCGCACACACCCUGCAGUCCAAGCUGAGUGACGACGGUAAAAAGGUCCUGGUGUGGCUGGCCACGGCCGUCCGCCCUCUCACGCACCGCGAGUUGGCAGCCCUCGUCUCCAUCCAGAUCGACAAGGCCACCGUCACCGAGCGCGAGGUCGAUCUGUACCAGGUUCUAAAGCCAGUGGCCUCGCUGGUUUUCUUCCAGAACAACCUGGUUUAUCUCCGUCACGGCCAGAUCCGUGGAGCCAUCCUGGAUGUCUUCUCCAAGGACAAGUUUGUCCCUGUGAUCAAAAACCGGAAUAGCGAUCUGGCUCGCCGUCUAUUGCUUUAUGCGAAGCAGACCGUCACCGAUGGCCACGAUCCGUCCGUCACGCCACUAGACGACAAUGUGAGCGAAGACCUUCUGGAGAUGUUCCCUCUCCUGGACUUCGCUCUUCGCUACUGGGUCAACCACACCAAGAUCGCCUUCGGCUGUUCGACCGACCAGGAAAUCAUCGCCGCCAGCAAGGACCUCCGAUCCGUCAUUCCCACCUGCCCGACCAUCCCACUCCUGGAGAUGACCGUGUGGGAAAACAAGUCCGCGCCGGCGUUGAAGUCGCUGCAUGAGAUCCAGACCCGCCUGUAUCGCCAGAUCCUGACGGCCAACCACCCAACCACCCUGCAGACCAUCCUCUGCCAGGCGCUCUUCUACCGACGAAUCCAUGACAGCCUCCCAGCUCACAUUAGCCGCAUCUUCUACGACGCUGCCAAGAUCAGCCAGGAAGUGCUCUCGGUCCGACACCUGAUCACCAUGCAGAUGACCAAGUACUUCCUCGAAACCACCGCCGACCAGAUCAGCGAGUCCAAGACCGAGGUCAUGGUCCAGCGGAUCGAGAUGCUGGAGCUCCUCGUGGAAUGCUACAAGAUCCACUACGGGGUGUCUUCCAGCACGGUGACGUCCACGUUGACCCAGCUGUCCGAACACUACCACUCCAUCAAGGAGGACCGCAAGGCUCAGGACAUCACCAAGUCUCUCCAGGGGACGACCACCGAAACCACGGCCACCCAGCGCAGUGGAUCGCGGCAGAUCGACGACUCGCUGCUGGUGCAUCUUCGCGGUCGCAAAGACACCACCGAGCCCGGGAUGGUCCUGAUGUUGGAUGGCAUCGAGACAGACGAGCUCAUCACCUGGUCCUUCAAUUUCCAGACCCUCCUGACCAAGGCCGAGCGGGCUGCGUCCGAGGGCCACGUCAAAGAAGCCGAGAGCACCUUCGUCCAGCUCUGGCAGCAGGCCAGCCGAGAGUCCCGUCUCAACCGCUCCACCGAGUGGGAGCUGAAGAACCGACGGGAGAACGAAGCGGCUUCCAUUCUGGGCGGCUUCUGGGAAGAGUAUGAGCAAACCAGCUCCAGCUCCGGAACGGUAGUCGCGCAGUUCAUGGAGGUCGCCAAGGUCAUGAAGUCUGUCGGCCUGUCCGUGUUAGCUCUCAGCGUCUUCAGGCAUUGCGCGCAGAGUACCGAGAGCAAAAGCUCCACCCACCAGGAGGCCGAGCAGCACAUCCAGGCCACCUCGCGCGAAGUCAUGCGAAUGGCCAGCACGUCCUCGUCGGUCGUGAGCGAGGCUAGUCUGAAGGAGAUGGUGUACAACUCCUCCAGCACCGACCAGGUGUCGACUACGGCCACCGACACCCUGGUGGAGAUGUACCUGUCCCAGCAUCGGUGGCACGACGCCACCAAGGUCAUCAAGACGGUUCUGCAGAGCAUCUGGCCGGCGUUUUUCGCUCCCUCCAUCGAGGACGUCGUCCUCCCGUCCACCGAAGUCGGCUAUUGCGUCGACCUGGCCGAGCGCCUGGCAAAUUGCUAUCGAUCGCGCCGUCGUCCGGUGAAGGAAGAGGACAUCCGAGUGCGCCUGUAUCGCGCCGUCCGACGCGAUCGACCCGCAGGCGACCGGCUGCUCGAACGGGUGACCUCCACCCUGCUCCGUCUGUAUGAGCGCACCUCGCAGACCGACAAGGCCAUCACCAUCCACCAGGACGUUCUCCACGACUCGACCCAGCGAUACGGCGCGGAGCAUCCGACGGUCGUGAAGAAGCUGUGGACGUUGGCUGAGCUCACUCGCCCCCGUCCCAUCGCGGUGGACUACUACCGCCGGAUCGUGCACAUCCUCAACAAGGACUCCGAGGGCUGUCACCCCGACGCCUUCGAGCCGCUGAUCAUCGUGGCCACGGAGCUGCUCAACCAGGGCCGCUACACCGAGGCCCUCAAGCCCUGCCGCGUGCUGUUCAACACCCUGCAGAAUCCCAAUAUCAGCCAGAAGCUGCACGACCAAGCCUUUGUCCAGACCAUCUACCAGCGCUAUGUGCAUUGCCUGCGUAUGGUCCACAGCGACGCUGCUUCCAUCCAUGACGUGACGGUCCAGUACCGCAAGACAUGUAUCAGUCUGUUCGGCGCCACGGCGACGGUCACCCUCAUGGCCACGAAGACACUGGCGAACAUCUGUCAGGAAACGAAGCGAUACGAGUCCGAGGCCAUCCAGCUGUACGAGGAACUCCUCCGAACGAACUCCAGCGAGGUGGACAUCGACCACCAGGACAUCCGCGCCACUCUCGAUGCCAUCUGCGAGGAGCAGGGCGUCUCGUUGACCUCGGUCAGGUCUGACAAGCUGACCGCCCAGCAGAUGCAAAACGUGGUGUCUGUCCGCAGUCAGCGACUCUCCACCGUGCGUUCCACCCAUGGAUGGGCACACGAGGAAGCCCUGUCCCAGAUGGCGGAGAUCGCCUCUUUGUACGCCACGCGCGGCGAGACCCACGCCGCCGUCUCUAUGCUGCAAGAAGCAACCGUCCAGGUCCUGUCGACCGAGACCUCCUCCACCAAACUGACCGCCGCCGCGAAGAGCAUAGCCUCCAGCUACAUCGCUUCCGGACAGGUGCAACGGGCGAAGGAACUGACCAGCGAGAUCUACCGCCAGAUCGUGGCCAAGGACACGGCCAAUGCCAGCUCGUUCGGCUUCGACCUGUCUUCCAACCAGCGCCAAAGCCUCGCUUUCCUGGCUCAGCUCGAGUACAGCCUGCGGGAACGCGAGGACUCGUCCGUCACCCUGAACGAGGUCUACUCCUCCCUGACGACCGAGUACCUGUACUUCGAGCAGCUGCGGAGCGAGAUCAGUACGAAGACCAGCAGUCUGCAGAGCGUGACUGCGUCCGUUGCCCGCCUGCACUCAUUCCUGCUUGCGCGGGGCCGUGACCAGGCUGCCACUCGAGUCGUGGACCAACUGACGACUUACUUCCUCGCCACAGAGGGUAGCAGCCUGAAGGUGAACGCGCGGCAGUCCAAGGCAUUCGUCGAGACGAUCCUGGAGUAUUUCAGCGCGCACACCUCGCAGAACUUCGUGCGGUCGGUGGCGAUCGCCAGCUACAACGGGGCCACCCAGCUGCUCGCGUCCGAGAACUACCAGCAGGCCUGCCAUCUCUCCUUGACCGCGUUCAAGUACAUCUGGGCGCACCAGGGCUACUCGUCCCAGGCGACGCUGAAGCUGGUGUUCCAACUGGGCCUGGUCAUCGCGGGCCACGACAUCAAGACGCGUCCCGCGGCGUCAACCCGCAAGGAAAUGCUGAACGUGUCGGCGACGAUCAUGCGCGACACGCUGGGGUACUUCAAGAAGCAGAACAUCGACCUGGCGCAGCUGGACCUGAUCCACCUCAACAGCCUCAUCGGGGUGCUGGAUGAGCAGCACGACUACCACACGCUGGCCUGGGUUCUCACCUCGCUCUGGAACAGCCGGGACGCGCAUGCCACGUCGCAGCCGCAAUCGGCGUAUACCCUCGCGCUCGGGCGCAUGCUGGUGAUCACCCGGUACCUGAUCGGCGAUUACACGGCGGCGGUGCGUCUGGCGGAGGACAUUGUGUACAACUGCGCGCGGGUGCAUGGGCCCCGACACCCGAGCACGGUGGAGAUGACGGUGCUGCUGUCGCAGAUGUACACCAGCGUGGCGCAGGGGUACCAGAACCAGAAGGACCGGCGCGAGUUGGCGUGCCGGUACUACAAGAAGGCGGCGUCCCUGCAUGAGAACGCCCUGCGGGUGUUCAUCGACCCGUCAUCCGUCUCGUCCACGGAGAUGGACGGCGGCAGUCUGUCGGGGGCGUCGUCGCCGGCGUCCAGCCCCGGCGAGGGCGAGGAGGAAGGCAAGUGUGUGCGGCAGCAUCUGCACCUGCUCAAGCUGGCGGUGGAGCGACUGGGCGACUGGCCCAAGGAAUACGCCGAGUACGAGCGACUCAACGCGGAUCUGUUCCGGACGUUUGGGCAGGACCUCAAGGGGGUGGACGGGGUGGACAAGUGGAAUCUGAAGCGGUUUGGGUCGGGCCGUGCGGAGGCUAGCGAUGAUCUGAUCUCGUCGGGGAUCAACGGGGGGGUGGGCUUUUAUGAGCGGCUAGCGAUUGCAGUGUGAGGAGUUUGGUUUUUUGAUGAAAAGUGUUUUCUG